AUGGCGGACCAACAUGAUGUUGAUCUAGACUCCAUCAUCGACCGCCUCCUCGAGGUUCGCGGAAGCCGGCCCGGCAAGCAAGUCCAGCUGCUCGAGACGGAGAUUCGAUUCCUCUGUACCAAGGCCCGAGAGAUCUUCAUCAGCCAGCCCAUCUUGUUAGAGCUGGAGGCUCCUAUUAAGAUCUGCGGCGACAUUCAUGGUCAAUACUAUGAUCUCCUGCGACUCUUCGAAUACGGUGGCUUUCCCCCGGAAGCCAACUACCUCUUCCUUGGUGAUUACGUCGAUCGUGGUAAGCAGUCUCUGGAGACCAUCUGCCUGCUGUUGGCGUACAAGAUCAAGUACCCCGAGAACUUCUUCAUUCUGCGCGGAAACCAUGAAUGCGCCUCGAUCAAUCGCAUCUACGGCUUCUACGACGAAUGCAAGCGCAGGUACAACAUCAAGCUAUGGAAGACUUUUACCGACUGCUUCAACUGCCUGCCUAUCGCUGCCAUCAUUGACGAGAAGAUCUUCACCAUGCACGGUGGCCUCAGCCCCGACUUGAACUCCAUGGAGCAAAUCCGCCGCGUCAUGCGUCCAACUGAUAUCCCCGACUGCGGUCUGCUUUGCGACCUGCUGUGGUCCGAUCCCGACAAGGAUAUCACGGGAUGGAGCGAGAACGAUCGUGGUGUCAGUUUCACGUUCGGUCCCGAUGUCGUAUCGCGAUUCCUGCAAAAACACGACAUGGAUCUGAUCUGCCGUGCUCAUCAAGUAGUCGAGGACGGCUACGAGUUCUUCUCGAAGCGCCAGCUGGUUACCCUCUUUAGUGCACCCAACUACUGUGGAGAGUUCGAUAACGCGGGAGCCAUGAUGAGCGUCGACGAGAGUUUGCUAUGUUCCUUUCAGAUUCUCAAGCCAGCGGAGAAGAAACAAAAGUACGUCCGUGGCGGCCUCGGAGGCAGCGGUUUCGCAACCCCCAGAAAGCAAUCCAAGUCUUGA